UUAUUUUAGUAUCAAACACAAACAUGUGCCAGGUGAGACAAAGUUCACACACAAAAUAUGCUUUUCGUUUCUUCGAUUGGCAGCCUACAGCAUCCAGGCAGCUGUCAGGCCUGGAAAGGACGCUAUAUAUGGUAUCGGGCAGACACGCCGCCCUGGACGAGUAGCUCCUGCCUGGGCAGUAAACCAGUUCCACUACCAGCCUGCUGACAACGUGUCUGCAGAUGUGCAUUUAGGAAAAAGAAGUUCUCCAAGUUCUCCACGACAUUACAGAACAUCAAAGCCAGUUUGUGAAACCAGUUUCACUGGUGUUCUGUUAUUCUUCAGUGUGCAGGAAAAGUGAUCCAUUCUCCAGGUUCCCUCAUAACAGGUUUGUCAGUUUAAUCUCUUAAGGUGUCACCAGAGUUCAAACAACCCUCUCUCACUUAAGAGCAGUUUUCAUUUUUCUCUGAGAUGUACGUCACUUUGGAGAAAAGUGUCUACUAAAUGGAUAAAUGUAAACGCAAAGCAUUUCCACCACCGAUCUAGGAACCUAUAAACAAGGAAACAUACAUGUUGCACAAACAAUGGCAUCAUUAAGGAGGGAAGUGGAUCAAUUGAACGGGGUAAAUAUUUACGGAGCUCAAGUAAAGUACAGCGAUACCAGGAGGAGGCACGUGAUUCGUACACCGUUUCAGUACUGUGAAAAUUACUAGGUCCUGCAAUGCUCAGCUCAUCUGAGGAAGGAAGGAAUAAGACACAGGCUGAACAGAAACAUUAGUGACCGAGUACAUUGUUACAGCACUUAUUGCUACUAACUGGACAGGGCGGAAAAAUGGUACAGUAUAGAAUUGUAGCUGAAAUCAGAAAAAUUAAACAACUGAGGUAUUAAUAAACAAGUAAGAAAAGAUGAAACAAUUGGAGUGAUGAAAUUGAGUCGACAGAAUUGAGCUGGGUAAAAAAUUAUGAACACAUUUGGGGGGGGGAGUGUUAGAUUGUGUGUUAUAUUUCCAUACAAUUUUUUUGCGAAAAUCAUCAAAAGCUCUGUGAUAAUGUUCCAGUGGUUAGCGCUUCUGCCAGAUACUCAAAGGACCCGGGUUCAAACAGGUUGGAGCGAAAGGCAGCAAAAGCACGAGAGCCGUUCCCCGAUACAGCACAGUACUGAGACGAGCUGCCACCAUCCAGGAUGUCUGAAUCCACCAGGUGUCGUGUUCCAAACGGGCAGCGAUCCGCACUCCACCUGCCAUCUUGACAUUUAACCACCAUCCAGAGCUAUUACUGGUAAAAGGGCGAGCAGGACAAUCUAUUGGACUGAAAGCACGGGGUCCGAAGCUGAACAGCCCGGAUUAAGACACAUGAUUCGUGUACGAUGAGGAUACUGAUACAGUUUAUCAUUUAAGAAACAUCGAAAAAAAAUAAAAAUGCUAAAGGAAUUUAAGGAGAUCUACUAAUGCAACGUUUGACUCAUGAAAUGACAGUGGCUGCCAGUGAUGUCAGUUGUGCAAAUAAAUAGUCGUACAUAGAUGUACAUGAUUAUGUUAUUUGUGUGUGUGUAUAUAUAUAAAAUUGUUGUUUUAUAUUUACCACUAUUAGGGCUGGUAUUAAAUUACCUGGGAACAACUAGUAUUGUUCUUCGUAUUGACUCCAACCGUUACAAUAACUUUGGGAUGAAAUUAAGUGAAAAAAGUGUUAUGAACAGUUAAAAGGCUACAGAUACGUGUUCAGAGGGCUGUCACACUGUCACAUUAUGUCACUUUCCUCAAAAUGGGUAAAGAUAAGAUUCACAGAAAAACAGCAUUUUCUCCUCAUUCAUUGAUCGCCGCCCGCUGGAUCGGGAUCGUAUUAUAGCAAAAAUAACACUAAGCGAUCAGUGUGCGAGCCCAACACACACACACACACACACACACACACCGCAGCAGCAGCAGCAGCAGCACAAAACUAAAAGGCCGCCGUUGUCGUUGUUUCUCCGGCUCCUCCGCAACUCGCAGCCUCGACGCAAGAACAACAAGUGCGGGACAAAUUAGGAUGUCUGGUGUCUAUUUUUAGCUCGGGUCCCUCAGGCCGGAGCCGGGACUCUCGGGUCGGAGGAGCCGCGUUCCGGGACCCGCGUUGGGCCGCAGCGCAGGAACCGGAGAGAGAAGGAGCGCCGCCGCCGCCGCCGCCGACCUCAUUUCCCCUUAGGCGGCCGCGCGCCAUGUGCUUCCGGGCGGAAGGCGGGGAGGACGAGGACGAGGACGAGGACGGGGACAGGGCCGCAGAGCAGCACGGCGCAAAGGGCUGCGAACGUUGGAAAAAAUAAGGGGAAUCGCGGGAAUAAAGGGCUUUGAGAUGGCGGCCGGUCGUCAGCACCGCGGUAGCCGAACCGUCCCGGGCAGCGGCUCCGCGCGACCACCUCUGGAGAACUACUGCAGCGCGAGCCCGGGAGGCGCUCGGAUCAUCUACGACCGCAAGUUCCUGUUGGAUCGCCGCAAUUGUCCGGUGGCCCAAACCCCCCCGGCCCGCCUGCCGCUCAUCCCGGGGGUCACGAGCCCCGACCUCAUCAUCGAGAAUGGAAAGAAUGAGGCCAACUGUGUGAAUAACCAUAAUGGGCAUUUCACAGCAGGUGCCGGUGCCCAGUUUGAAAUGGACAUCUGAGAAGCCGGUAGCACGUGGAAUCUGUGCUCGAGCGACGGGGCCUCUAGAAAGCGGUACUUGGAGCACCGUCGCCGCCAUAUCUUCCGUUUACUUUAAUCUUUAGUGCCGGGAAAUGGGCGAAAUCUGUCGGGUCGAUGCGGGACCACAGGUCUGACAGAGCAGCAGAGGAGAAAUCGAGCGUGAAACGAUGGUUCCGUCACCGAUCGCAUUUCGGGGCCACGUAAUGCAACUCGACUGAUGUGCGUCCUCAUGGUAGAGCCACGCUAUGAGAGAAAAGAACCGAAUCCAAAACUAUUUUAAGAUGUAAUGCCAUAAAUGAAGGUAUAAUUAGUGUUUUUCCAGACCUCUAAUUGUUGGUUACAGAGAACUGCGAAGACCUUGUCCAACAACGGUAGCCGUGCCCUUCUGGAAAAAUCCCUCAAAGGAUUAAAGUUCAAUAGCGUUCCCCGAGAAGCGCAUCGAAACGUGGAUCGACGCGAGUUAUCUUCUGUUUCUAGAGCUGCUGCUCUCUUUUUACUCUCUUUUUGAUGAGCCCACGCGGUGCAGAUGCUUAAGCGAGCGGCCAUGCUGUUCCUGGAAAUAUCCAGGCUGCCGUUUGUUUAGUUUGAGCUUUUAGUUUGGAGCACAGAAACGCUAAACAGUGUUCAAACGUGUCUUACCUGGAUCUCUCACUUAAGCCCCUUGGCACAGCAAAUACUGGGACUUGGUGCAAAACCUUGCUCUCGUUUUGCUUUUGCUGUCGUCCCAGGUGUGGAAGCUGACCGUCCGUCACCCGUGAAAGCUGGUCCUGCGGUGCAGUUCCGCUUUGCGUUUGAAACGGUACAGGGUUCCUUUCACCGCGUUCCUGGUUUUGUUGUACGGCCACUAAUAACAGUGGACAGCUCGCCUCAGAAUAAGCCAACAGUAGGGCAUGCAGAGUGGUUGAACAGAGAAGGCUCUAGAAGGUCGUUCAAGUGCUGUUCCCCUCGUGCCCAUUGUGGUCAUAUUUCCUGCUUUUACUAGCACAGUCUCACAUAGUGGGCAAUAAUGCUACGAAAAUGUUUUUGGAAGCAGACGGGCCAUGUGUUAUAUGUUUUAAUGCGCAGUUUUUCCAAGAUGUUAUACUUUAGAUCAUUUAUAUAUAUGUGAAUUGUUUUGAAAUUUUUGUGGGAUUGGGAGCAUAACUGUAUCCUCAGGAACAUGGUUUGUUAUAAAUGAUUGUGAAUAAUUUAGAAGUAAAAAAUGAAGAAGGCAGUAGAAGAGCUGGUCUCAAGAGGCACAACCUUUAAUGUCGUACAUUUUUAAUGUGUAGCCUGUAUUGUUACAGAGUAGGGUAUUUGAUAAAUUAAUAUACACGGUUCAUUAUGAACUAUGAUUCACCUGGAAAUAAUGUGAACAAAGGAAAUAUGUAUGAAUAAUAAAUUACUGUUACACUGCCCUCAGUAUUGAUUUUGAAGGACAUUUUCAUCCUUUCACAUAUUUUUUGAAGUGUUAAGUGAUUACUCAGAUUUCCUUUACAAAAAACUCAAACCAGUUGUAGCAAAGAUUUUAUUCUGAGAUGAUUAAAGUUAAGAUAGUCUAGUCCGCAGUAAAUUGGUGCUCUUUGUUUUGUUUAUUCUUAUACAUGCUCAGAUCCAAAAUAUAUUGUUGUAUUUUGUAAUAUUUACCAACUACUGGAAUAUUUUAAAAUAAUCAAAAGUAAAUACAAAAGGGAUACAUUAAUGAUACUAUAAUUUGUAGUACCAUGCAAUAAAAUGCCAUGUAUACAUUUGAUUUGUCUCAAAUGUCAGGAAAAUGAUUUCAGAGGAAUGCCAGUAUCUACUAUUAAAGGACCAAUAAACGUCAAGUA